UACGCUUGUAAAUAGCGCAAAAGCCCCGCGUUGAACGAAAUCUGCCUGAAUGCCUGUUACUAAAUGUAAGCGCAUUUCUUUCGUAUUUAUCUAUAUACAGACUUUACUCAAUAUGUUUACUUGCCCACAACAAUACCAAUUCUCUAAAUAAAUGGAGCUGUUUUAUAAUAUGAUCUCCGGCGCCUGAAAUAAACAUACCACCACGUUACCGUUGGUUUGGAGCACGACAGAGCUGAAACAGUUAAGAAAACCCACAAACGAGACCAAGAUUUCUCAAAAAUAAAACCUUUAACGUUGAAGACAUGAAUAAGCGAGAAGGUGAAGGAUCACAUAGAAGUGGCGCUGCUGUGCAGGAGUGCGACAUGAUUGCCAACUCGACCUCACCUAUCAUAGCCGCCUUCAAAGUUUUCCAGCAGGAGCUGGACACCAAACAUGACAAAUAUGAGCGUCUUGUUAAGAUCAGCAGAGACAUCACUAUUGAAAGCAAGAGGACCAUCUUUCUUUUGCACAGAGUGACCACUGUACCGGAUACAGAAGAUAUUCUGAAUGAGGCAGAGGCCAAACUGGAUGGAGUCAGGCAGAAGAUUGGUCAGGUGGCUGAAGAGCUUAGAGGAGAGGAUAUUAAUCAGUUUCACAAAGCUUUCACUCCAGGAAUUCAGGAAUAUGUGGAAGCCGUCUCUUUCCUGCACUAUAUCCGUCAUCGCAGCCUUAUCAGCCUGGAGGAGAUCAAUGCUAGACUGGUGUUCAUGAGAGCGGAGAAGGCAGAUGCAAAGGGUUCAGAUGAAGCCCUGCCAUUGGGAACUCAGGUUCUGACCUUCCACGUGACGCCAUCUGACUACCUGCUGGGUGUGGCUGAUCUGACAGGAGAGCUGAUGCGGAUGUGCAUCAGCAGCGUGGGCAACGGUGACAUAGACACACCUUUCCAACUGAGCCAGUUCCUGCGGCAGAUCCAUGACGGCUUCUCCUACAUAGGGAACACAGGCCCGUACGAGGUGUCCAAGAAGCUGCACACACUGCGACAGAGUCUGGGUAAAGUAGAGGAUGCCUGCUACACCCUCCGCGUCCGCGGCUCAGAGAUCCCAAAGCACAUGCUGGCUGACGUCUUCUGCAGCAGGACCACACUCAUCGACCCAGAGGAGGGAGUGGUUUAAACCUGUGCUGCAGCUAGAACAGUGUUGAUGUUCUGUGUGGUGUUGUCGUCUGCCUCAGUGUCGCUCAACUUUGAUGUUUGCAUUUUUUAAAUGGGAUUUAAAAGAUGUUUUUUUUUUUACCUGCUUGUUCGUUUAGUUGUUAUUUGUGAUAAAAAAAAAGCAGUGUUACAAUAGACAAUGGGCUUUUUUUGGUCUUUGAUAAAGAUCUGAUAACUUCUGUUUUGCACGAAUAAAAGUUCUGUGCCAA